AACGGUUUGUAUAUAAACUAACCAUAGGCACUUCCAACCUUCCAUCUAGCCAACUGGACAUACACCAAAACAACGGUAUAUACGAAUUCUCCAAACCAUGGCAGAUGAGUUCCAGACUGGGAUUUGCAGCGGAAACUGGUGGAAUUCCUCAAGGACUGGAUUCAGCGGCUCAUCUUCGCCAUGUUCUACGGCACUCAGUGAGAUGGGGAGCUUUGGAUGGACGGAGAUGGCGGAUAUGAAAUCUAGGUCAUGCGAGGAGUCUUCUGCUUCUGUUUCUGGCAGCUCGGUCGUUUUCCAAGAUACCCAGAAAGCACAAACGUCGGAUUCGAUUGGAAGUAGUGUAUUGAUCGAUUCGACGUUGCAGAUGGCAGGGUUUGGCCUUUCAUCUCCCACCAUCGAUUGGAGCCAAGCUUUACUUCGAAGUAGUGGAAGAACUGAAAGCAGCUUCCACGCCAUGCUUCAAGAAGAUCUAACCCCACGGACGAAUUUCCGUCAAGAAAUGGGAAUGGAAUCACCCAAAGAUUUCUCUGGUGGUGGUGAAGAUUCAUCCAUAAACGCAUUCAAGCAAUUAAAUCAGAGUUUUGGAUUAGAUCCACAUCGUUUGAGUUCUGGGAAUAACUCUGGUGACAGUACUAACAGCUUUUCAAUCAGCUCAUCUUCUUAUGGAUGCCCUUCGAACUUAUUGCAAGGUCUAUUUGACCCAGACCAGCAGCAGCAGCAGCAGCAGCAGCAGCAAGCUGCUUAUGACAACCGUCCAAUGAAUUAUGAAUCUCCGAUGACAUUCCGUUUGAAUUCGAACGAAUUUGCCGCUACAUGGCCUAAAUUCCCUCCAUUCCUUAAAACAUCACCUCCCAAACCGCAACCUUCUAAUCAGUUGCACUUCUCUAACAACGCUCCAUUUUGGAAUGCAUCAGCAACGACCAUCAGCGAUGUACGGUCAGGCCUUUUCCCUUCUCCACAGACCCAAUUCGUCGCUCCAGUCUUCGAAGAAAAACCCAAUUGCAGUAACCUUACUGCAAAGAUGAAAACAGAAGAUGUUCGAGAAUCCAGCUCACUGAUGAAGAAAAGCAGCACCGAGCCUGCAUUUAAAAGGCCUCGAAUUGAAACACCGUCGCCAUUACCGACUUUUAAGGUUCGAAAAGAGAAAUUAGGAGACAGAAUCACUGCACUCCAGCAAUUGGUUUCGCCUUUUGGAAAGACUGACACGGCAUCAGUUCUCUUUGAGGCCAUCGAAUACAUCAAGUUCCUCCAUGACCAAGUCCGUGCUUUAUGUUCACCAUAUAUGAAAAAUGGAGCUCCAAUGCAACAACCACAACAGCAGCAGCAACAACUACAACAGAAUUCUGAUAAAUCAAAGGACGGUGAAGGGCCGAAACAAGAUCUUCGAAGCCGUGGCCUGUGUUUGGUUCCAGUUUCGAGCACAUUUGCAGUUACUAAUGAGACUGCAGCCGAUUUUUGGACCCCUGCCUUUGGAGGAACUUUCAGGUAGAGAUAGAGAAGCUGAAAUGUUUCAGUAGUUCUAUGCAAGUAGGAUGUUAUCAGACCCAAGGCAAGUUGGGAAAGAUACCAUCAAGGAAGAAAAGAAAAACCCAGAUUAUUAGUAGCCUGUAAGGGAAAACAAAGCCCAAGAAAUGAAAAAGAAAAGAGAGGGAAAGAAAGGGUGGAUUACUGUGUGCGGUUUCCACCAUUUCUUAAAUGGUGGUGACUCUUCUACUGUACAUGUAGCAUGCAUGUCAUUCAAUCAUGACCGUUCAUGUUCAAAAAUCACAUUGAUUGGAAGAUCUUAACCGUUUUAUAUUGUCCAUUUGAGUUGGUGUCUAUACACUGCUAACCAUUUUACUCUUAACCGUCUAGAUGUCGACCAAUUUAUUAGAUGGUUAAGAUUAUCCAAUCAGUGUAACUUUCAUCAAAUGCACAGUUUGCGAUGGUCAUAGUUCGAACGGUCCAAGUGAUAUACAUUCAUGCUACAUACACGUGUGGACAGGUCACCACCAUUUAAGGAAUGGCAAAUAAAGCAAAUAGUAGCCCUACCCGAAGAGAAGGAAAAAAAAAAAAAACAAAACAAAAAACAAAAAACAAAGAAGGUAGUGAGCCAUGGAGAGAACAGGCCAUGUUGGGCCAGCUACAAGCAAAAUGAUGUAAGAUGGACUUAUAUUAUGGAAUGUUGGAAGAGAAUAUUUCGUUGUGUAAGAACUGAUACAAGUAUUAUAUUCA